AAAGGUGUACUUUCGUUGUAUCGUGCGUUUUUUCGACCGCGAGUACAAGCGCUGAAGAAAUUACAGCAGGAGAUUUGAAACUGGAACAAAAAUGAGUCACUCCGGUGUAUCUGGUGAGUCGGAUGACAGGGGAGACGAUCAGGAAGGAUCUUCUUUUUCGGAAACGAAUGUCGAGGAUGCUUUAACAUCUUUCAAAGAAGAAUGGCAACGCGAACUAGAUCUAUCCCCGAAACGGAAGAUAUCCAAAGCACCUUCCUCGAAAACGGUUGAAAUUAAUGAUGAUUAUGAUGAGGAGAGCAUUGAAGACAAGGCAAAAAGUUUGUUUUUGAAAGGAAUUGAAUAUGAACAAAAUAGAAAAUUUUAUGAAGCCAUUCAGUUUUACAAACGUGCUGUGCAAUUAGUUCCUGAUAUUGAAUUUCGUUUAUAUGAGUCAACAAAAGUGAAACCUAUGGAUGACAGCCUCGAAAAUUUAGAUAAUGAUGCGAACAGUGUUGAUACUAAUGAUGAAAAUCAUAAUGAUGAAGAUGAAGAAGAAUGCGACUUAUUCAUCAAACUGUGCAAAGCUAUAAACCGCAAUAAAUGUGUUUGUUUUCCUAAGUUUGAACAAAAUACAACGCAUAUUUCUGCUUUGCCUAUGGAAAUAAUGCUUUAUAUUUUGAGGUGGGUUGUAUCUUCAGAGCUUGACAUGAGGUCUCUUGAAAUGUUCUCCAGAGUAUGUCGUGGAUUUUACAUAUCUGCAAGGGAUACUGAAAUUUGGAGACUUGCCUGUAUUAAAGUAUGGGGCGUGAAUUGCGGAACUUAUGCUCCAAAAUACCAGUCCUGGAGAGAAAUGUAUUUACAAAGGCCUAGGCUAAGGUAUAAUGGAUGUUAUAUUAAUAAGACCAGUUAUAUUCAUGAUGGUGAAAAUAGUUUCCAAGAUCGGUUUUACAGACCUUGGCAUUUGGUGGAGUACUUCCGGUACCUGAGAUUUUUCCCCGAAGGUAAAGUGUUAAUGUUAACUUCUACUGAUGAAGCCCAAAGUUGUGUAAACUCUUUGAGAAGUCGUGUACCCCAAAAUCCGUCGGUUCUCGUCGGCCAUUACCGAUUACAUGAUAAUUGCGUGACUCUGAUACUCAAGAAACAAGAAGCAAAAGGAACUACUACUGCUUAUAGGAGGAAGAGGAGAGAGCCUAUACAUAAUAGUAGGGAGCAAACGUUUCACAUUGAAUUUGAAAUUCAAGAUCAUUAUAAACGAACGAAUUCGUUAUUAAAAUGGUUGAGUUAUAAUAUAUUUACAAGAUGUAGAUGCGGACAUGAAGUAAAAACAUGCUUGAAGGAACCGUCUAUGCAAGAAUGGAGGUUAUCCGCCAUUGGCGGACAAUAUCCUCCUUUCAAAUUCAGCAGGGUCAAAAGUUAUACUCAAGAAAGUGAAGCUCCUUUGCAAUAAUUAUAGUCGAAUGCAAAGCUUAUUCGUUAUCUCAAUUACGCAAAGAAUACAAUAACGGAGUAAAGAUGCGAGAAAAUACUGAUUUCUUAGAACCAGAGGUACUUGUAUAAAUUACUUUCGCUGUACAUUGUAAACGCGUACAGUAGAACUAUCUGGGUUACAAUGAUGUAU